GGGAGGCUGAAAUGCAGAUUCGGUCCUAUACACAAACCAUCAACCCGAACGACGCACGGUCCGACUCCCCACAUCUCAUCCUCCGAUGACUGAGGAGAUGCAUCCUGAAAAGCCCUGGUGAAGUGCUCGAGCAUUCAGAUCAUUCUCUGUUUGACAGCAUUCACUCACAAACAGCACGGAGAAAUAAAUAGCACACGAUGCUUGGAUUCUUUAGAGAUGGGACAGCGGUGGCUCUCAUACUGUUUCAUGCAUUAAUGCAUAUAGCUGCAGCGGACGAGGAGGUCGUCUUGACGGAUCAUUUUCUCGUUCAGUUGCAUGAGGGGACAGACGAAGAUGCCCAUCAACUUGCCCUGGAGCAUGGCUUUAGAAGUGCGAGAAAGGUUCCCUUUGGCGAGGGGUUAUAUCAUUUGUACCCACAGGACACCCCAAAAACACGGAGGAAACGCAGCCUUCGCCGCCAUCACCACCUGACCCAGGAUCAGCGGGUGAAAAAUGUAUUUCCUCAGGAGGGUUUUGGCCGUCAAAAGAGGGGUUACAGAGACAUCAGUAACUUUGACGUCAAUAUGAGUGACCCGCUUUUCACCAAGCAGUGGUAUCUUAUAAAUACAGGUCAAGCGGAUGGAACUCCAGGGCUGGACCUUAAUGUGGCAGAGGCCUGGACUAUGGGCUACACCGGCAAAGGUGUCACCAUUGCCAUCAUGGAUGAUGGUAUUGAUUAUCUACAUCCAGACCUCGCCUUAAAUUACAACGCAGAAGCCAGCUUUGACUUCAGUAGCAAUGACCCGUACCCUUACCCCCGCUACACGGACGACUGGUUUAACAGUCAUGGCACAAGAUGUGCUGGAGAAGUGUCUGCAGUGUCUAACAACAACAUCUGUGGAGUGGGCGUAGCCUUCAACUCCAAAGUGGCAGGUAUUCGUAUGCUGGACCAGCCCUUCAUGACGGACAUCAUCGAGGCCUCUUCCAUCAGCCACAUGCCGCAGGUCAUUGACAUCUACAGCGCCAGCUGGGGUCCCACCGAUGACGGCAAAACAGUGGACGGCCCCCGUGAGCUCACCCUGCAGGCAAUGGCGGAUGGUGUCAAUAAGGGCCGCGGUGGGAAAGGCAGCAUAUAUGUGUGGGCCUCGGGAGAUGGUGGUAGCUAUGACGACUGCAACUGUGACGGAUACGCCUCCAGCAUGUGGACCAUCUCUAUUAAUUCAGCCAUCAAUGAUGGACGCACUGCACUUUAUGAUGAAAGCUGCUCAUCCACACUAGCCUCCACCUUCAGCAACGGACGUAAACGAAACCCUGAAGCCGGUGUGGCCACCACGGAUCUGUAUGGAAACUGCACACUGCGUCAUUCGGGCACGUCUGCCGCUGCACCUGAGGCUGCUGGCGUGUUUGCUUUGGCAUUGGAGGCCAAUCCAAACCUGACCUGGAGAGACCUGCAGCACCUGACUGUACUUACAUCUAAGAGGAACAAACUGCACGAUGAGGUUCACCAGUGGAGAAGGAACGGUGUGGGUCUGGAGUUCAACCAUCUGUUUGGUUAUGGUGUGUUGGAUGCUGGAGGCAUGGUCAAACUCGCCCGUGAAUGGAAGGCCGUACCGGAGCGCUUUCACUGUGUGGCUGGAUCCAUACAAGAGAUACAUAAAAUACAGUCAGGCAAUAAACUGGUGCUGACAAUCGCAACCGACGCCUGCCAAGGAAAAGACAACUUUGUGCGCUAUCUGGAGCACGUGCAGGCUGUCAUCACCGUCAACGCCAGUCGCCGCGGAGACCUGAACAUCAACAUGACAUCGCCCAUGGGCACCAAAUCCAUCCUGCUGAGCCGCAGACCCCGCGAUGACGACACCAAGGUGGGCUUCGACAAAUGGCCCUUCAUGACCAGCCACACGUGGGGUGAGGACCCACGCGGCACCUGGCUCCUGGAGGUGGGCUUCCAGGGGGAGAGCCCACAGAGCGGCGCGCUGAAGGAAUGGACCCUCAUGCUGCACGGAACACAAAGUGCCCCUUACAUAGACCAGGUGGUGAGGGACUACCAAUCCAAACUAGCCAUGUCCAAAAAAGAAGAGCUGGAGGAGGAGUUAGAUGAAGCGGUGGAGAGGAGCUUGAAAAGCCUUCUGAGUAAAAACAACUAGCCAUGUGCAUGAUAUCUGGCCUCUCUCCCUCUUUCUCUCUCUCUCUCUCUCUCUCUGUCUUCUUUCUGUAUGGGCAUAUAUACCCAGCUCAUUCUUUCUCUGCUUUGGUCAUAUUUUACCUUGUGAUUAUUUGAUGAAUGUAUGUAUGAUGCGAGUCCCUCAUAUUACAGCGUAUUUUAUGAACGGUACAGUAGCUAAAUCAAGUAUUUGAAUACUUCAGUUCCUCAAAAAUGUCACAAAUCUCAAACCAAGUGGCUUUUUAUUUAAAAGGCAGAAAUUAAUAGUAAAGUAAAGUUGUAGUUUGUAAAUGCCACAUUCAUCUUGAUAUUGCCAUUGAGACAUUUUUAAAAUGUGCAUCCAAAUACUUCUUAAAGCUGCUGUAAGUCCCACACAGAAAACAUGAAAUCCUACUUUUGAUGUUCCUUUUUUACUCUUGACAGAAAUGUAUAUAAACCAAAUAUAUCGAUACUUUAAUAUGUUCUUGCUUAUGCUGCUGUCUUUCACCUCUGCUGUACAGUUUGUGACUGUAAGUUUGUGUGACUAUAUUUAAAGUUUAGUAACUUGCAAACAGAACAGUGAUACUUCUUUCUGUUAAACAUUUUUUGUGUGGGAACAAUUUUUAUUCAAUGAAGAGUCAGAAUGUGAGAUGUGAGUCAUUCUAUAUGUACUGUUUAUGGCCAAACAAAGCAUAUUUCAGAGCAUUCACUACAUAUAAUAAAUCUAUUACUCUGUUUGUUAAAGCA